AUGUUUUACAUAAUCUCGUUCGUGUAUAAAGUGAUUUUAUUUAAUAACCUCGUGACGAUCAGCAGCCCCCAAGUCUUUGUUACUGUGGGACCACCUACUACGUUCGAGACAUUUUUUAUUACUGUGGGGCCACCUGUUAAAAAAACUACGUUCGGCACAGCAGCAUCGCAAGCCAUUGAUAAAGAAAGUGAUCAUGUUGGAUCAGAUCUAGAUGGGAUGAAAUCAUUAUUUAACGCAACUCUGUCGGACUAUGACACAAGAAUCCGGCCACGAAUUGACCAAUCCCAUGUUGUAAAUGUAAACACUACCUUCGUGCCGCAGAGUGUUCUGCAUUUUGAUACAUCCGAGCAGAAAUUUUCUGUCCUCGGUUACUUUAGGAUUGAAUGGAAAGACGAAGUGAUCACAUGGAAUCCCGAAGACUUUGCGGGGACGAAUUAUGUAAAGGUCCCUAUUACUGAAAUAUGGACACCUAGCUUAAUCAUACUUAAGGCCUUCGACGGUGACGGUGUUGUUGGAAAUGCAAAAACAGACAUUGCUAAAAUCUGGUCUGACGGUUCUGUUCAAUGGGUACCAGAAAGUAUAUACAGCGUAGUGUGCAAUGUGAAUAUCAAGUUAUAUCCGUUCGAUCACCAAGUCUGCACGGUUACAUACUACGUAUCUGAUGAGACUAUAACAACCGUUAUGCUAGACCAUCCUUAUAGCGUCACACUGGACGAAUACACGGAGAACUCAGCAUGGAAAAUAACCAGUCUCAGCAAGAGGAAGUACCUUCUGUAUAACACGUACCAUAUUGACAUAGAAUUCCAACUACAGAGACGACCUAACUUUGCAACAUUUACUUUGAUUAUGCCUCUCCUGAUGUUGGCUUUUCUUAAUAUCUGCGUGUUUCUUGUUCCUGUUGGGUCUGGUGAGAAAGGUUCAUUCGCAAUUACCAUAUUCCUUUCUUACGGUAUCUUCGUUACAAUCGUAAGUGACACUCUACCGGACAAUUCCCUUCAAAUUUCCUACUUUCUUCUCUUUAUCAUCGUCAUGCUCUUCAUGAGCGUUCUUUCCGUCGUGUACACCAUCAUACAAGCCAAACUUAUGUCAAGUAUGGGUGACAAAGAAUGCAGCAUCAAAUGUUUUCAGUUUCGAAAACCCGUCACAAUGAAACCGACUUCUGUUGAUCCAACUAAAGGACAUACCGAUGACGAGCUUGACGCAGCAGAGUGUAAGGUUGAUAACACAAAUGAUGAUGGCAAGAUAUACACCUGGGCAAUGUUUCUGGAGAAACUUGACGUGAUUCUCUUCAUCAUCUUCUUUGCUCUGGUACUCUUAGCAACGUCUGCUUUUUUCAGUCUGAUGCUUCAGAGAGUAAGCGAGGAUAAGUUCAGUCAAAUAUAA